GUCGUCGUCGGCCACGUUCAGCGGAGACCGGAGCAAGAUGGCGAUUCCGGGCAGGCAGUAUGGGCUUAUUUUGCCAAAGAAAACACAGCACUUGCACCCUGUUUUGCAAAAACCAUCAGUGUUUGGGAAUGAUUCUGAUGAUGAUGAGACCUCCGUGAGUGAAAGCCUUCAGAGGGAAGCGGCUAAAAAGCAAGCAAUGAAACAGACCAAACUGGAAAUUCAAAAGGCCCUUGCAGAAGAUUCCACUGUGUAUGAAUAUGACAGUAUUUAUGAUGAAAUGCAGAAAAAAAAGGAAGAAAGUAAUCCCAAAUUGCUUUUGGGAAAAGACCGAAAGCCCAAGUAUAUUCACAACUUACUAAAAGCAGUUGAGAUCAGAAAAAAGGAACAAGAAAAAAGAAUGGAAAAGAAAAUACAGAGAGAACGAGAAAUGGAAAAGGGAGAGUUUGAUGAUAAAGAAGCAUUUGUGACAUCUGCUUAUAAGAAAAAACUGCAAGAGAGAGCUGAAGAGGAGGAAAGAGAAAAGAGGGCUGCUGCACUUGAAGCACGUUUGGAUGUAACCAAGCAGAAAGACCUCAGUGGAUUUUAUAGGCAUCUAUUAAAUCAAGCAGUUGGUGAAGAGGAAGUACCUACAUGUAGCUUUCGUGAAGCUAGGUCUGGGAUAAAGGAAGAGAAGCCAAGGGAUUAUUCCGAUGAAGUAAGUUCAGAGAACAGAAUACCACAUGAGAAAUGCAUUCUCCAAACUGUUGUGAAAGUAGAAGAAAACCCAGAUGCAGACAGUGACUUUGAUGCUAAUGACAGUGAGGACGAUGAAAUGGAAGGAAGUAAUAAAGUGAAGUGCAGAAGGGAAAAGAGCAUAGAGACCUCUGAGAAUGACUCCAGGCAUCACAAGAAUCACACUCACUCACGGUCAUCUAGUGAAGAAAGAGAACAUGGUACCAAAAGCCACACAAAAAGUUCCAAGUCAAGGGGACAUGAGAAAAGGGAAGAUAAGCACCAAGAAAGACAAUCCAGGGACCAGGAGAACUACUAUACUGACCGUGAUUACCGAAAAGAAAAGAAAGAUUCCCAUAGGCACAGAGAGGCCAGUCAUAGAGAUUCCCAUUGGAAGAGACAUGAACAAGAAGAUAAACUGAGGGGAAGAGACCAAAGAGAAAGAAAUGACAAAGAAUGGAAAAGGGAGAAAGACAGAGAGAAAUAUGCUGUAAGAGAACAAGAAAGAGAUAGGCAACGAAAUGAUCAUGACCGACACAGUGAGAAAGGAGGAGAGAAGGAAGAGAAAAGCAAAGAAAAGGAAGAACAUAUGAAAGCAAGGAAAGAAAGAUAUGAAAACAGAGAUAGAGAAAAACGAGAAGUAAGUGUUCAAUCUUCAGAAAGAAAACAAGACAGAAAGGAAAGCAGCCCAAAAUCUAGGGCAAAGGAUAGGUUUCCUGACCAGGAAAGAUCCAAUAAAAUGAGAAACAUGGAAACGGACAAAGAAACAAACUCAGAGAAACACUCUAGUUGUGAAACAUCGAUGGGAGCAAAACACAGAGUCACAGAGGAAUGCCAAGAUACUGGCAAAGAACAAGAGAGACUACAGGAGACACUGAGCAAGUUUGCAAAACGGAGCAAUGAAGAAACUGUAAUGUCAGCUAGAGACAGGUACUUGGCCAGGCACAUGGCACGGGUUAAUGCAAAGACAUAUAUUGAGAAAGAAGAAGAUUGACUUCCUGGAACAUGCUGUGUGGACACAUAAAGGAGUGUGUUAGACGUGGUAAACUAUUUUCAAGAUUCAUUUUUGGUUUAGGGUUAAGUGAAAAGUCACUCCUUUUAUCUCAAAUGUUUGACUAAACAUACAUAAUACUUACUUGUCAGUACCACAUUCUUGGUUGUAUUCAAGCAACCUAGAGAGUCCUGAAUCCUAGUAGGUACUUUAUGAGGAAAAUUGACUCCACUAUAACCAUUAAAAAAUAAUUUAAAUAACUUUCCUAAUGGUAGUUUUGUUGCAGGACCUAUUUGUUUUAUAAAUACUGUGUUUCAGAUAAACGUAAGUGGAUUUGAACAUAGAGAAUAUUGUUAUACUUUGUUUUGAAAUUUGUAUUAAAGUAUGAAAUAUGGAUAGAUACAUAUCUUGUCUAACUUUAGCUCAGGCAUACUUGGCUUAAAUGAAAAUAAAAAUAGUGAUAUGUUUGUACUUUUAGUUCAUGCUCUUAUUUUAAAACUAAUGUCAUUUAUACCAUAAUUCCUUUUUUUUUCCAUUAAAAAUCACUUUAAUUCUGAGACCCUUACAAGUUAGUAAAUUGGUUGUGUACAUAAAUCAGGUUUGGCUAAGUGUGAAAACAUGGAGAUGUUUAGCCUAAAUGAAGUUAGCUAAAGAUACAGGUGGACUAUUUAUGAACAUGUCUUGUUUUAUAUAUUCUAAAAAAUAUAAUACAGCUUACUACAACUUCCAUUUAUGUAUCAAACUAAAAUUGUAAUCUCUGCACUAAGUCUUUGAAACCAUUGAAAUGAAAUGCUAUAUAUAAUUGAUUUAUGGGAAAUGGAUGAAUGGUAUGGAGAAAAUAGUUCUCUAACAGGUCUUCCCAUUAAGAAAGUGCUAUUUAUCUCAUACUUUGAGUUAACCAUGUUUUAUUUUUAGUAUAAACUUAGUUUAAUAAGAAUAUUGACUUUUAGGAAAAAAUUAUAUUAAGGAUCAAAUUUAGCACUUACAAAUAAAUGUAUAAUAGUAUACCUUUAGAGCUAAGUAACAAAGCUAAUGCUUGUAUCUCUUGACUGACACAUUAAUAUGAGAUCCUAAUACUUUAAAAUAGAUCAGUGACAGUGACAAACACUUAAAAAGCACCGAUUCAGCAUGCACAGAGAUAAGUAGUAUAGUAUAAUGUAACUGUGAAACAGGGUGAGAUCAUGGAAGACCAUGAAUUAACAGGCUAAAUUUGGUUCCAUUGUUAGAAUCAUAACUAGAGCCAUAUGUUGGAAAGAUUGAUUUAACCAUAAAUGCAAGAGAAAGUCUAGUAGGGAGAGACCAUGAUCUAAGGGAUCUGGUAAGAACUGUCAAUUAUCCUCUCCCAGUGUGGUUCAGAGACUUACAAAGCUGCAGCUUGGAUACUUUGGCUAGGACAAACUAUAAAGUUGACCUUUGAACCACACAGGUUUGAAUUGUGUGGGUCCAAUACAUAUAGAUUUUUUUCAAUAAAUACUGUAAACCUGUUUUUUCUGUAUGGUUUUUUUAAGGUUUUUUAUUUAGAAAGAGGGAAAAGGAGGAAGACAGGGAGAGAAACAUCAAUGUGCAAGAGACAUAUCACUGAGUUGCCUCUCGCAUGCCUUCAACUAGGGACCUGGCCCACAACCCAGGCAUGUGCCCUGACUGGGAAUCAAACUGUCAUCCUUUUAGUUCACAGGACAGUGCUCAAUCCCCUGAGCCACAUACAAAAUAUAUGUUAAUUGACCAUUCGUGUUACUCGUAAGGCUUCCGGUCAGUCAACAUUAGGCUACUAGUAGUUAAAUUUGGGGGGAAUCAGUUAUACACAGGUUUUUGACUAUACAGGAGAUUGGUUCUCCUAACUCCCUCACCCCUGUGUUCAACAGUUAACUUUUAUUAAGUUUGACAUAGGGAGAAGCUGCAAAUUAAGGGUUUCUUCUGGCUGCCUCCCCAGAUACACAAAUGUUUUUGCCUCUCUUGCACUUAUCCAACCUUUUUCUGGGCAUAGUACCUUGAUUUCCCUUGGGAAAGUACCCCUUCAUUACUCAUAGUCUAGUGAUUCAGAUGGAGCUGCAUAGGCUCCAGGAAAAGUAUAUGACUCAAGCUAGGCCAGUUCUGAGAUUUGUCAGAGUUGAAAAGACGUUUUCCAUUAGCAUUGCCAAUAGUGAAGAUGAGGUAAGUCUAGAAUUGCAUGGGAGAAUGAGUGUCCAACUUCUCGGCAGAAUAAAGCCCACACAAAAGAAAGCAGAAAUGAGAGAAAGAUAAAGACCUAAUGAUUGCUUUUGAAUCUCUGGUUCUAAUGGGGCAUAUAUAUUUUUUAGAUACUUAAACUAAUACUUUCCUGUUUUCUCUUGGGCCAGUUUGAGUUGGAAUUCUGCCACCAUGUCUAAAAAGCUCUAUUUGAUACACCAAGGUUCCACAUACAAGUCUGCCAAGUUACAGAACAUUUUUGUAAAGGUUUUAUCUAUUUUUAGAGAGAGGGGAAAGGAGGGAGAGAAACAUGGGUCGGUAACCUCUCACACAUCCUUAACUGGGGAUGUGGCCUGCAAUCCAGGCGUAUGCCCUGACCAGGAAUAAAACCAGUGACCUUUGGUUUAGCAGGCCAGUGCUCAGUCCACUGAGCUACACCAGCCAGGACCAGAACAUUCUUAAUCUUUUAAAAAUAGUAGUGUAACAUGCAUAAAUAAAGUGCAUGUACCAUGAAUAUAUAGUUUACACACAAACUCCCCUCAAACCCCUUAGUUUCCCCCACCCCCACUGUUGACAACACCAUAGACUUUGUUUAUUUUCUAGAUUGCUUAGUAUUCAUCUACUGUUGGUGGACAUGAAGUUUUUCUCCUGUUUAGGGUUAAUCUUGUACUUUUCUGGUAUGUGCAAAUGUAUGUUUUGAUUGGGUGACGCCUAAGAAUGGAUUGCUAAUCCAGAGGGUAUGCAUUGGCUUUAGUAGACACUGUCAGUUUACAGAAUUGUACCCAAGUAUACGCAAUGUAUGAGAAUUCCAGUUGCUUCAUAUUCUUGCUUAUACCUGUUAUUUACCUUUUGUCAUCUUGUCUUUUAACUUUAGCCUUUCUGGUGGGUGGAGUGAUACAGUUUUAUUUGUAGUUCCCUUAAUGGCUAUCAUAUUUAAUAGCAUUUGUAUAAAGGUCCUUUUAAAGAGUC